GUUCGCGUUUCUUGUUUCGUGUGUCUCGCUUAGCUUUAGUCCUCCGUUCACCACUCAGCCUUGUUUUUGUUUCUUUCAUUUUCUUUCCUGCUUCUCUGCUCUCUACCACCCACGCACACACACCUGAAACACAUCUUUCAAGUCCGUGUUUGGUCAACACGUUGGACGUGCCAUUGUGGGCUCGAUCAUGUAAAGAUGAUACAUGAUUGUAUAUCAGCCUAGGCCCGUGUAGGCUGCGACAUGUAUCUGCGGACCAAAUAGAAGGGUACAACUUUAUGUAAAUGUAAUCCGUUCCCGAGUCCCGACUUCCAGAAUUCAAACAGACUUUGGGCUAGCAUCCUCCGCUACUCGAAGAAUAUGGCAUCAGAAGAAGAGUCUUCGUUUGCCUCUUUCAUUCUGAAACCAGGUUCAUCCCUCCAUCCGACGUUUCUUCUCGCUGUCGAUGCGGCAUUUGCACUGCUAUUCUUCGUUUUCCUUUGGUCAGCCUACCUAACGAAAGGCAAUCCGCACUUUUUCGUUUUGAUGGGUAUCCAACUCGCUCUGUGGGCGAGCGUGAAAUGGUUUGUGCAAGAGCUGAAGAAAGCUCCUCCUGCGAAUGUGACGACCAAUAUGGAGACGAGUACAAAUAAAAAAGAACAAUGAUUUAUAGUAGAUACACGACGCGCAGAGCAAUGUACUCUUCAUCGACGUGCCUUGUCAUUUCCUUCAUGCCAACGUUUCAUUCGUUUUGCGCUUUCCUGAGCCAGUGCAAACACUACAGACUGGUGAGUAAGCGUCCAAGUCAUAGCUUUAGGCACUAACAUUCCCUUUCUGUACCAUCAAGC